AUGUUCCUAGGUGCUGGACUUCGGGUUGGCCACGUCUCGAACAAAGUAAUUGGGCGCGAUCGUCGGCAACCGUACGGUUUCCUGCGGUCGGUUCAAGGUGUCGUUUGCGCUUGCGCCGAUAACGCCGGCUUCUUGCGUGCGCUGCAGAAGUGUCGAACGCGGAUACGCGCUUCGUUCUGCUGCCCGGGGCACCACGGCCAGCCGGAGAAGCUGUGGCCCCCGCUCCGAGAAGUACUCGAUCGAGAGCGGCAUGCCCUCGUAACGCUUGAUCUAGCAGAGCAACCCGAACUCGAUAACCUGCAACAACCGACCGGCAUUCUUCGUGCGGUGCAGGAGCGAGCAGCGGCCGUCUUCGAUACCGUACAUACCUUCUUUCUGGUCAAUGGCUCGACCAGUGGCAUCCUUGCUGCGCUGCUUGCAGUCUGCAGUCAGCUGGGUCAGGAUCCGAGUCGCUUUUAUGCCCUGGUGCCGAGAAAUGCCCAUCAGUCUGUUUUUCAUGCGCUAGCGCUGACUGGACUUCAUCCCGUGUAUUUAACCCCAGAGGUUGUGGAUUCUCGCUACGAUAUCCUCGGGCCGGUUUCCGAGUCGACAAUAGAGGCGGCACUCGUUGCUUUCGCGCCGCAGGUGGCGGUGGUGCUGCUGACCUCACCAACCUACCACGGGUUUGUGGCGAAUGUGCGCAGUAUCGCAGCUCGAUGUCGUCGAUACGGGGCGUGGUUGGUUGUCGACGAAGCGCAUGGUGCGCAUCUGGGCUUCUCUCCCGAGUUGCCGCAGAGUGCGCGACAGAUGGGUGCGGAUCUGGUUGUACAGUCGACGCACAAGACCCUGAUGGCCCUGACCCAAGCAGCGAUGCUGCACGUGCCAUGCGGUUCACGCCUCGCUGUCGAGGAUGUGGCCGAAGCAGUCCGCAUGGUUUCCAGCACGUCGCCGAACGCGUGGGUGGUGGCGAGUCUCGACGCCACCGUCGCCGCUCUGGCGGAUACGCCCUGGUGUCAGGCGUGGUUCGAGCGAGCCUGCACUCUAGGGCAAGCGAUCCGAAGACGACUACCGACGCUUCCGAAUGACGACGCAACACGUUGCUGUCUCCUGCUGCCGGACGACAUCGAUGGGUUUCUUUUCGAUGCGCACUUGCUGGAUCACUACGGGGUUUACAUGGAACUUGCUGGACGUGCGACGAGCACAGGUAUCGUCACCGGGGCCAAUGAUGCGAGCCAUGUUGCCAUUUUGGAGGAAGCGUUCACAGCGUUGACCACGGACUCCCGCCUAAGAGGCACUCGUGAAUCCAGGGUGCACACUUUGCGCCCCAUGGACAGCUUGCAAGGCGUGUUUCGGGCUGCAAGCUGCACGCUUCGUGUGUCUCUGCAUCAACGACGCCGCUGGUGCCCGCUGCAGCACGCCGCAAACCAAGUCGCUUCCGCGACAAUCAGCGUUUACCCACCGGGCAUUCCGGUCGUCUUGCCUGGCGAACGCAUCGAUCCGCCACUGGUAUCGUACUUGCUCGACGCAUCGCGGUGUGGUUGUGCCAUAUCGGGCGUGCACGGCCCAGAGCAGCACGUUGCCGUCGUUGAUGAUGAACCACCGGCGACACGAUGCCACCAGGCGCCUUGA